CUAGGAAGGACCAUGAUACAGACAGUUAUGACAGCAGCAUGAGUCAAGACACAACCCCUAGCAAAGAAAAGGGACACGCCCUCCUGCUCCGAAAAGGAUCUCACUCCAAGAUGGCGCUAAAGGAAAAGAUUGUUCAGAUAUAUGAAGCUUUCUUCCAGGGAGAAGAUCCAUCACGAGGAAAUGCCAAUUUCUGGGAUGAGCUUUUUCUUCUAAAGGUGAACACCAGCUACAUUGAAAAUGAGAUUGAGAAGCUGAGUGGCGAGGGUCUGCUCAGUCUGAAGGACAACCUGAACAUGCUGUUCUACCAAUGUGUGGAGGCGCUAGCCCAGGACAAUCUAAUCCGAGUUGUCAAUGCGUUACAUACACUCUGCGCUCUGAUACGAGGUAUAUUUCGGAAAAGUCUUGGUAACUAUGGAUUUGAUGUCAUCAAUCUCCUGAUUGGUUUUGAUUCAGCAGAAUCUGUCAUGCAGUCUUUGAUUGAAAACCUGAACCGGUUCCUGACUGGAGACUAUCCAGCCAGUGUCAAACAGCUGGUGCUCAAGUUCCUCCUCGUACUCAUUACGGCCACGGACAAUAUCAGCCAGAACACAAUGCUGGAGUACAUCCUCAUCAACAGCGUGUUCGAGUCCAUCAUCCAGAUUCUGGGGAAUCCCCUGUUACGUAUGUUGCUGGGCCAUGACGCCAUCCUUGUCCUCACACUACUGGUUCAGUACAGGAAACAUGAGUCUGCCAACCCAUACAUUGUCAAGUUGUCGAUUUUAGAUGAUGAAUUAGCAUUAACGGGGUAUGCUCAGAUAGUGUCUUCACUACUCUCAGACUUCAACAGAAACUACCAAGUACAGUUGUCCGAGCCCCAGUCAGGGUGGUUUUCAGCCUUUGCUAAUAUGGUUGGCAAUAUGUUUGUGGCAGAGGAAAAGAAAACAGAAAUAAUGAGGGCUAACGACUCCAUACUGCUGGCAUUGUAUGAAGCCAUUCACCUGAACAGGAACUUCAUCACCGCCCUAACACAUGCUCACACCCCAUCAUCCCCCGCAACGCCCCCAUCAUCCCCAGUCACUACAACAUCCCCGGUGUUGGAUAACCAAGGUGGUCAGCCCGAGAAUGUGAAUGAAGUGGCCACAGCAACACAGCCGACCAAUCUCCUGGUCACCUUCCUGGAAUACAGCUCAAUCAUCUUCCAGGACACCAAGGAUACAGCUCGGUACAACAACGCCAAACUCUGCAUAGUCAUACUCACAUGUAUAGCUGAGGAUCAGUAUGCCAACUCCCUCAUGCAUGAUGUCAACAUGACCUUCCGAGUGCCUCUACACAGACUGCCGAUGCGGCACCGGAAAGUGAAGGCAGACCGAACGAUGAUUCUCCGACCUUUGGUGUGCUCUUUACUAGAUUUAUUGGUGGAGUUCGUCAUGAGUCAUAUGAUGAAAACAUUCCCCAUGGAACUGUACCUGCGAUGUCUGGGGAUCAUCCAUCGAGUGCUGUGUUACCAGAAGCGCUGCCGGGUGCGGAUACAGCACCCAUGGAAGGAGAUGUGGACAGCUCUCAUCAACCUCCUGAAAUUCAUCAUGUCUCACGAGUCGCAGCUAGUGAAGAAACAUAACAUUUUUCAUCUCUGUUCGAAGGUUGUAAACGUGUUCAACUUGUUCAUCACGUAUGGCGAUACGUUUUUACCCAACCCAAACAGCUAUGAUGAGUUGUACUAUGAACUGGUCCGCAUGCAUCAAGUCUUUGACAAUCUCUACUCCAUGGCGUUACGCUACACCACCAAUGACAGUGAGCACAGGGAUUCAGCAGCCAGACUCACCAACCAUCUUGUAAAUGUCAGAGCCAUCAUCAACCACUUUACACCAAAAGUAGAUUCCUGGGCAGCAGCCAACCAUUUGUCCUCCCUCACAGAGGAGCAGGUGUUGGAGGUUGUGAAGAGCAACUAUGACACGCUGACUCUCAAACUACAGGACAGUCUGGAUCAGUAUGAGAGGUACUCCGAGAAACCAAAAGAGACUGGCUUCUUCACACAGCUGGUUCGCCUCAUCAUCUGUGACGUGAGACGUGGUGUGUCCAACCUGGCAGGUCACCAGCAGGACGUCCUCCACGAACUGUCCACUCUGUCCUAACACAGAUGCCAGGCUCCAAAUGCAGCAGGAAGAGUCUAGAUGCAGUGGGUUCAGAGGUUCUAGUCGCCUGACAUUACAUGUUACUUGUUGUCACGACAGCAUUACAAGCUUCCUUGGGGCUAUCACAGGGUUAGACAGCAUCCUUCACUAGGACCAUGGGCGUCAUGCUGGUUUUUGUGGGGAUUAAUGCAUGGUUCUUCACUACCAAAGAAACUGUUGCAUUCAAACAUAGCUGCUGCUUAGUUUCAGCUUCAAACCUCAUAUUAAUGGACAAAGUCAUAUGCUGGGUAACAGUUAUCAGUGAAAAUUUACCGUUUGAUUGGUGGACAAGAUGUUUGAAAUCCUUUAGGAGUUCCUGCUGUGUGUUGCUUUGAGAAGGAUCAGUGGCUAUGUCCAGGUGCUGGACUUCGGAAGUAGCUGAGAUUACCUGUAUAUCUUCUUCUGGUUUGAUGGAACUCGGUCUUGGGGAAAGUAGGGAAGAUUUGUGCAUAACAGCAACAGCUGUUGUAAUUCCUACUCAAGGUUGAUACCACAGACUGCCAGGAAAGAAGUAGUUCAUAUGGACAUACCAGACAUAUAACUGCCCAGCAAAGGCAGAUAGAUAUAAUCAGUUGGAUAUACACAUAUUUACUUCUGUAUGUAUAUGGGGAAAACAAGGACGGCCCAAAGACUCAUGCUGAAACUGGAAUAUUAACCAUGUCUGUAUCAGCCUGUGAACUCUGUGGAAUCAUGGAACUGGGCUUUCAGGUUCACCAAAACUGUUUCAUUAUCUGGUGGCAUCAGAUGAAGACAUGGUGGACACGGUCUCUAUCAGGAACAUGGUGUUUGUUGAUUCAUCCCAACAGACAGAGGAAGACUGGCGCAGAAAGGAUUGUUAUAUCACUAUGAUUGUCUGUUGUGAUACAAGUACUAAGUAGAUCACAUAAACUGUAUUCGUUAUGUAUUGAUGCUGCUUAUAAAACCAAAUGUCGGGGGGAACACACCUGUGUCAGGACACUGAGGGUUUGUGAAGGUAUGGUUAUUAAACAGUGAACAUGAUAUUGGGAAAUCAUGUUUUUCUUGGUGCAAUUAUGAUGUGAAUAAAGAUUCUACUGUAUUUGUGAGAGUGACAAAUAUGAUCUGUCUACACAUGUUAGUGCAGUUAUGGAGUAUAGUGGCUGAACAGAGGGAUUGAACUGCACUUGUAUUGUUUCAAGGACAGGUAACUCCCAGUAUUUUGAAGAUAAGAUGGGUAUUUGGCACCAACUGUUGAAGGAGGGUAUUAUGCACACAAGGAACCACCAAGACAGAAAUGGUAGAUGUUUGUCAACACACAACAAGAGGGGCCUGUCUCUAAUUGAGGGGGUAGGAGUGGGUCAGAAGGGGGACUAAAAGACAUGUCAGUCUCAUGGGAGUCAUCGAAAGCACCUCAGUCUGGUGUCCACAUGGGCACACUUGAAACUUGUGGUCAUGGGUACAGACCCUAUGAAUUCUAAGAAUGGCAUAAAUUCCGGGUAUGGGGGUGAGGGGCAUAAAAACUGCACAUAUGUAUAGGGGGAAGUAUGAUUGGAAUAAACAUUUUAUGAUAAAAUAUAAAGUGUGUUUGCAUUUGUCUUCUCAUGAAUAAAGAUGGACAUGGGAGGGUAAUUAUUUUCAGUGUGCUAGUGUAACAAAACCCUCUGGCCCCCCAGCCCAAGUAAUAUAACUGAGCUCUCUCCCAUGUGGUGUAAACCUGCUCAUUCUUAUCCCAGAGAUCUUAUCAGUCAACACCGCUGUCUUCAGAUAGAUAUUUCAAAUGUUUUGUAUUCACAGUAGAUGGAAUAGUCCGCAAAUUUCAAGUGUGGUCCUCUGCUGAUGGCUUUUCCCUGAAUAUACUACUCAACUUAUGUAAAGAAGGGAACAUGGGUGGCCCAUUUGUUCUUUAACUUCUUUUGAUAAGUAUAUAUUGGAUAUUGUGUUUUAGUCCCUACCUGUGUCAGUUCACCUCAAUAAUGUAUAUGAUUGUGGAAAUGAAGAGAUUAUAAAGGGAUUUUCUGGGCAGUGACUUUGGACAAUUUGGUGCCAACUUGGGAUUAAUAUGGUAUUCUCUGUAAAAAUGAAGAUAAAUUAAAUGCAUUCAAUCUGGAUAUUUUAGGGGCUCAGGAUCUAAGAAUGUUUGUCAAUAUAAGAGCAAUAUGAUGAUGAUACCAGGCAUGUAUAUAUGAGACAACUUGGUAGGCUGGGCUAAGAUUGUAAUGUUAUAAUACUGCAUGUUUUGUUGUAAAUGUGUAUAUAAUCAAAAACGUAUGUACAUUUCUGUUACAAAUCCCUAUUUAAUUUUGUUGUAUAUUUGUAUAGAAUAGACGGUGAGAUGUUUCUUGAAUAUGGAUGGUAUGACUCCCAGACAAAUGGUCAUGACACGGAAUAUAUACAGUCAUCGUCAGUUAUACCAUCUUUUUAUGUUUGUGAUUGUUUUAGUAUGAUAAAUGCAAAUAUUGCAAGGUUUGUUUAUUCAAAAUGUGCAUGAGUUUAAGUUUCUAUUAAAGGUAAAUUUAAUGAUGCGAUAGUUUGUACCUGGCAUUAACAUGUUGAUAUAUUCAUGAUGCAUAUUGAAAUCCUCCAAGACAUUCUACGUACCUGACCACGCGAUAGAUCAGGGAAUAAACAUGCAAUCAAAUUGUUUCAAUAAUGUGUCACGAGUUGAACACAUCAUCAAAAGUUGAUACAUGUAGCACAUAUAAUUUGCUAAGUAAUGGGCUAGUGCAAAAAUGUC